UCAGCCGCAUUCCACAGGUGGCGCUGAGGCAGACUGAGCUCCAUCCGCCGCUCUGACCUCGCAGCGUCCUCGCGCUCACUUCCAAAGUUAUUUCAUUUCAUUUUUUUUCUUCUCGAAUGACCAGAGAUAUCGAGAUGAGUUUUAAAAAGAACAGCGGUCAAAUGGAGCUGGAGGAAGCCAUCAGAAACCCGGGCUACAAGGACGCGGACGACGGCGGCGGGUCGACGGACACCCGCAGCUCGGGCACCGGGGAGCGGCGGCGCGCCUCCUCCUCCGCCGCGGUGGUGAAGCUGGACGCGGCUGCGGACGAGUACGCGCAGGUCAAGCCGUACGCCGGGAUGCCCAAGGAGGUGCUGCUGCUGCACUCCUGCAGGGCGCGGUACCGGGUGCCCCGGGAGAUCCUGUUCUGGCUGGUGGUGUGCUGCACCCUGGCGCUGGUGGCCGUCACCGUCACCAUCAUCGCCUUGUCCCCGCCGUGCCUGCGCUGGUGGCACAUCACCCCGGUCUACCAGGUCUACCCCCGCUCCUUCAAGGACUCUGACGGGGAUGGAGUCGGAGACCUCAAAGGAAUCAAGGAGAAGCUGGACCACUUCCUGGACCUGAACAUCAAGGCGGUGUGGAUCAGCCCUUUCUACCGCUCUCCAAUGAAAGACUUCGGCUACGACGUGGAGGACUUCAGGGAUGUCGACCCGCUCUUCGGAAACAUGCAGGACUUUGACGAACUUUUGGCUGAAAUGCACAACCGGGGUUUGAAGCUGAUUAUGGACUUCAUUCCCAAUCACACCAGUGACCGCCACCGCUGGUUCAACCUGAGCCGGACCAGAGAUCCUCACUACAAGGAUUACUACGUCUGGACGGACUGCGAUCCAGCUUUCCCGAAGCCCAACAACUGGGUGAGUAUUUUUGGAAACUCCUCGUGGACUUACGAUGAGGUCAGAGGGCAGUGUUACCUGCACCAGUUCCUCAAGGAGCAGCCAGACCUGAACCUGAGGAACCCCGACGUCGUUCAAGAGAUCAUUGAUCUCAUCAGUUUCUGGCUGGAGAAGGGGGUGGACGGCUUCCGGAUGGACGCGGUCAAACACAUGCUGGAAGCGGCGCAUCUGAGAGACGAGCCACAGGUGGAUCCAGACAAGCCGCCGGAAUUAGUAACGACAGAGUGGGACUUGUACCAUGACUACACCACCAGCCAGGUGGGCUUGCACGACAUGCUGAGAGAGUUCAGAGCAGUGAUGGACGAAUACAGCCGGGAACCUGGCAGAUACAGGUUCAUGGUGACAGAAUCCUAUGACUAUGAAGAGGUGGAUAAGACCAUGAUGUACUAUGGAACGCCGCUAGUAAAAGAAAGUGACUUCCCCUUCAACUUCUACCUGCUGGACCUGCCUCACAACACCAGCGGCUGGUGGGCUAAACAUCUGGUUGACCUCUGGAUGUCCAACAUGCCCAAAGGAAAAUGGCCUAACUGGGUGGUCGGAAACCACGACAGGCCUAGAAUCGGCUCCAGUGCUGGUCGGAUUUAUGUUCGUGCCAUCAACCUGAUGCUACUGACGCUCCCCGGCACACCGACGACUUACUACGGCGAAGAGAUUGGCAUGGAGAACAUUAAUAUCACACAAAGCCAAGUGCAAGACCCUGCUGGGAAAUACAACGUGAGUCUCAGUCGGGACCCUGAGCGAUCUCCGAUGCAGUGGAAUAGUGAGAAGAACGCUGGUUUCAACACCCAAACCGACAAGACCUGGUUACCUGUUCAUCCCAGUUACGAAACUGUCAAUGUGGAGGUCCAGAGUAAAGAAGAAGGCUCCGUUCUCUCUCAGUAUCGCUUCUUGAAUGGGCUGCGGCAGUCGGAGCUCCCUUUUUUGCGCGGCUGGUUCUGCUACGUCCUCUCCGACGCCAACGUUUUCUCUUACCUCAGAGAGCUCGAUGGGCACAAAGAAGCGUACCUCAUGGUGAUUAACUUCGGCAAAGGACCCAGCACAACGGAUCUCUCUGCUGUCAAGGAGCUGCCCGACGAGCUCCGAGUGCUGAUGAGCACCAACACAGCCAACAACCAGAAAGUUUUCCAGAAAUCCCGCAUCCAGACAGAGGCGGGAGAGGGUUUGGUCAUACGGUACUCCACCUACACUCGGUUCCAUCCCAACCAUCCCGCACAGUGCUAUGUCUCCGAGAAGGCCUGCUACUUGGAGACUGUUGGCAUUCUUUACAAAUGCUAAAGCAAUUUAGCUUUUACGUGAACUGUACGGUCUUGUAAAUCGAUUUACAGAGGUUGUCUUGAGGUGUCUUGAUUCAAAAGGGAUAAUGGAGCACAAUAAAGCAAACGCUUGUCGAUGAA